UUUUCGUUCUGUUGUUAUUAACUAGUUUUACAUUUUAGUUUGUCGUUUGUUAUUAGUUUAGAAUAUCUCUGUAAAAACUGGUGAAGCAUGUUAGACCUGUUUACAAUCUUUACUAAGGGUGGUAUCGUACUAUGGUGCUUCCGUAGUACGAACCAGCUGUUUACUCCGUCAGUUAACGCGUUGAUAAAGAGCGUAAUUUUACAGGAGCGCUCCGGCGUGUACGAUCACGAUGGACUGUCGUUGCAGUACAAGUUGGAUAACGAGUUCGAGCUCGUGUUCGUAGUAGCAUUCCAGAAGAUACUUCAGCUGUCGUACAUAGACAAGUUCCUAAGCGACGUGCACCUGGAGUUUCGGGACAAAUACAAGAAUGAUCUGAGAGUUGACAAUCGCAACUAUGGAGACUUUAACUUCAAUGCCGACUAUCAGCGCAUCCUCGAGCGGGCCGAAAAAUGGGGCCGCCAGCAGGCAACUAUGCCGAAGCAAAUGCGCAGCUACGAGGAUUCGGCCAAGUCGAAAAAAACGGUUGCGUCUAUGAUAGAGCGAAAAGGGGAGGAUAAACCCGCUGCGGGUGGAAAGAAGUCCGUCAAGAUAGUGGAGAAAAAGAAGACGGAUACGAAAGAUAACGAGGGAGCGGAUUCAUCGUCACCUCGAGCUGGAAUGGCUGGCAACGCGAACGUGCCCUCUGAACCAGCUGACGAUCUGAUUAUGGAGAGUCGCAAGAAGCUAGCUGAGAAAAUGUCGUCCAAGGGCAGCAAGCCCAAACCGGAGAAACAGAAAUCUCCGAAAUCACCCCAGCAGCAGAAGUCUGGUAAGCAGAUGCGCGUCUGGGAUCUAGGCGGCAACUCGAAAGACCUUCCGAAUCUGGAUCGUUCCAAGGAUCGGCCCGAGGAUAUGCGAAGCGACUUCACGCCGAACGAUCAAAUUAUCGGCAGCAUGCGAGGCGGUAUACAAGAUCUGGAUGUUGAGUCGGAUAGCGAAGGCUUCUCCGAUGAGAAUGAAGAUGAAAACGACUACGAGCCGCAGCAGGAUGGCAAACAGCAGUCGGCCCGCAGUGGGGGCAUGUUUUCAAUGUUCAAGGGACUGGUUGGCUCGAAAAACCUCUCGCUGAGUGACAUGCAACCGGCGCUCGAUAAGCUGCGCGAUCAUCUGAUCGCAAAGAAUGUCGCUUCCGACAUCUCUCAAAAGCUAUGCGAAUCGGUCGCUAGCAAACUGGAGGGAAAAGUGAUCGGCACGUUCGACACGAUUGCGACGACGGUGAAGAACACGCUCACGGAGGCACUGGUGCAGAUUCUAUCACCGAAGCGCCGGGUCGAUAUUUUGCGCGACUGCCUGGAAGCGAAACGCUCCGGCCGACCGUUCGUUAUGAGUUUCUGUGGCGUGAACGGUGUUGGCAAGUCAACGAACCUGGCCAAAAUAUGCUUCUGGCUUAUCGAGAACAACUUAAGCGUGUUGAUCGCGGCUUGCGACACGUUCCGCGCCGGUGCGGUAGAACAGCUCCGCACACACAUGCGCCAUCUGAACGCGCUUCAUCCUGCAGAAAAGCACGGCGGGCGCAACAUGGUACAGCUGUACGAAAAGGGUUACGGUAAGGAUGCGGCCGGCAUUGCAAUGGAAGCGAUACGUCACGCCAACGAAAGCAAGAUCGACGUGGUGCUAAUCGAUACGGCGGGUCGGAUGCAGGAUAACGAGCCGUUAAUGCGCGCGCUCGCCAAGCUGAUCAAGGUGAACGAACCGGACCUGGUGCUGUUCGUCGGGGAGGCACUGGUCGGAAAUGAAGCCGUUGAUCAGCUGGUCAAAUUCAACCAAGCGCUUGCCGAUUACUCAUCCAGUGAACAACCACACAUUAUCGACGGAAUCGUACUGACCAAGUUUGACACGAUUGACGAUAAGGUCGGUGCUGCCAUAUCCAUGACGUACAUCACCGGACAGCCGAUCGUGUUCGUCGGAACUGGUCAAACGUACACUGACCUAAAGGCGCUUAAUGCGAAGGCCGUUGUGCACGCUCUGAUGAAAUAAAACUCAAAUAAACAGCUAGAAACGGCGGUCUGUCAUGGCAAACCAAUGCUAUCCAUCUUUCCAGUCCUUCCUGCGUGCUCAGCUAGUCAAAUCCUCCUCACACAGGGCAAGAAGACAUCGUCAUAUCGAACACCACACAUCCACAGUUUACUAGUUUCAACGGCGUUACCAAUGUUAGAUGCAACAGCUAAAAAUCAUCCCAAAUAGAAACACUUCUCCACGUCUUGAUGGUCCACUUAACAUACCGCUGGCAAAGGCCGGGAAGACGGGCAAAAACGAAAUCGAGGGUUAUGCAUAUUACCGUGAAAACAAUAUGCGUCCACAUCGGGGUUAAGGGUAUUCUGAUAUCAAUCAAAAUUAAUUUUAAAACAUCGGAAAAAAUAUACAAA